AAAUGAACGGAAGCAUGUCUAUGAUUAGAUCAUAAUGGCGGCUGAUUUAAUGUAUGUCAAUGUUCUUGUAUUAGCAUCAUGUGUUGUCAGUCGAGAGAUCAACGGAACUUUCCGAUUUGUCAUGUCAUGGGACUCCAGCUUGGAUGUCAUAAGUCAGGAAUUCUGGACAGACAAAGACGAAGACAGCUCAGUGUUUAAUGUUGUCAAUGACAACAGCACUGACACAGCUUUGUUUAGAGAGAAGAGAGAUGCGGAACCCAACGACAACUACGCUCGACAUGGGGCCGAGUGUUUCAAGGUUCAGGAGCAGGUGGCAUCCACUGUCCGGGACGGAAGAGUCCGACUCGGUCAAGCGGUCCACACGGUGGUCAUGGUGGAGGAACUGGAGGAGAUCCGAAUGACGUGUCACUAUUGUGACAGUGACGAGUUGGCAGGUAAAGCUCAGACAGAAGAUGAGAAAGACGUGCUUCGCCAGCAGAAGAUCUGGUACAAGCUGGCCAGGAAAAAGAAAGGCAAAUAUUACAAGGUGCGUGAGGUGGAACUAGACAUGCACGAUGACCCGGAGGAGAACCGGGUGUUUGUGACUGACAGCCACACCCUAGUGAUCAGGGGCUCGUAUGUCAAGGACGCCGGGACUUACUUCUGCCGUGACACCACCAGGAAAGACGAAUACUUCAAGCCCAAGAUGACGGAGGAAGAUAUUCACAAGUUUAUCAAGCCAGAGUCCAGUCUCCAAUUUCUCUACCACGUGGACGUCCUGUUGGCUUCGGACAUCAGCGCUGUUCUGGUGACCACACUGGACAUGGCCACUCUAGUUGAGAUGGACGAAAAGAGGAACACCAGCAAGAAGAUGACGGAGCUGCCCAAGUCAUCGCCUCCCAAGAGGCUGCCGGACAUUAAUAUUGUAGUGACCACAGUUUGGAUGAGUUGGAGCCCCUGCUCCGUGUGUGGUAAGAUUGGAACCAGGAGACGCAUGGGUGAGUGUACGGUGAGGAAGCUGAACGAGUCUGUCAAAGCUCAACCCUGGUAUCUUGACGUCACCUUGAGUUCUUACAUCGGAGGAGUACCUUGUGAGUCUUCCCUCUUUGAAGAGCACGACAAAAUCCUGGAGGCCGUGUCUCGCCCGGACGAGGUGGAGGAAGAAGACUGUGAGGUCAGUUGUACUAAUUACACCAUCAAAGUGGCUGACCUGAUCUCUGGCCGAACCCAGGACCGAGUCCGAGAGGAGCUGUUUGAAGAAUCGGAGGGAGACGAUAUCGUCUUUAUGUGCCCGAAGGCCCCAGUUGACAUGCCCGUCGCUUGGAUCAAUGAGUCUAGGGUUCUAGUUGGUCCCUGGUUGAAAGAUGAAACGGGCGACCGAGUCUCCAUAGACGAGCACAACUCUCUCCAUAUCAAACCUCUGCAGCCUUGGGACGCUGGACACUACGCCUGUAUCUACGGAGGCCGCAUCAGGGGCAGACUACGCCUGGAGGUUAAAAUGAAGCGCCCGCCUUCCAGAGUGCUUCUCUACGCGUACUAUCUACUUCUGACCUAUCCGGCCGACCUCCUCGUCUUUCUGGUGCUGCUGUGCGUCAGACGUAAAGAGAGGAGCAAGGUCUUGAACUUUGACCUCUUGCCGGAGUUUGAAGGAAGUGAGGAGUCUGACGAGGAGAACGAUGAAAAGAGUGAUGAGAGUGAGGAGGAUGAAAAGAGUGAUGGGAGUGAGGAGGAUGAAAGUUUGGAGAGUGACGAGAGUUAAUGUCACAGCCUUUGACACGCAUCUUACAGCAUACAUCACACAGCAUAUGCAUUAAACAGUAUACAGCAUUCAUCACACCACCAUGCAUCAAACAGGAUACAGCACACAUCACACAAGAUAUAGCAUACAACACACAGCAUACUGCAUACAUCGUACAGCACACAGCAUACAACACACAUCACUCAACACAACACAUACCACAACACAUAUCAUACAACACACAUCACUCCACACAUAUCACAACACAUAUAAUACAACACACAUCAGUAAAAAAAUCACAACACAUAUCAUACAACACAUAUCACAUCACUCAACACAUACCACACAACACAUAUCAUACAACACAUAUCACUCAACACAUAUCAUAACACAUAUCAUGUAACACACAUCACUCAACACAUACCACACAACACAUAUCAUACAACAAACAGCACACAUUACGCAUCACACAACAUAUAGCAUACAACACACUGCAUACUACGUACUGCACACAGCAUACAGCUCACAUCACUCAACACAUAUCACAACACAUAUCAUACAACACACAUCACUCAAUACAUAUCACACCACACAUAUGACACAACACACAGCAUAUAUCACACAACACAUAGCAUUCAAAAUACUGCAUACAACGUACAGCACCCAGCAUAUAACACGCAUUACACAACACAUAGCAUACACAUAACACAUCAUACAAAUACAUAAAAUACCACACAUUCUACAACACACAUCCUAUAAAAAAAAGUUCCUCUUUCUGACCUUGCAAUCUGUAGAUACAGCAUGUAUGUAAAGUCCAUAUGUUUCUAUGAACCACCGUUAACGAGGGUUUCAUGUGGCCAGCACAACGACAAACCGCCUUUACUUUUCCCAACCUAUUGUCAGGUACCCAUUAGAGCUGGACUCAGAGGCACUCAAAGAUUCCGAAAUUAAAAUUCCCAGUCUUCACCAGGAUUCGAUCCCGGGACCCGGGUUCGGAAGCCAAGCGUUUUACCGCUCAGCCGCCGCACCUCCACACAUCCUGUACAAUACAUGAAAUAACAGACAAACCAUGCAAUGCACAGCACAUAGCAGACAUCAUAAAACAUCACGCAAUAUAGAUUACAACACACACCAAACAACACCCAGCUUACAAAACACAUCAUACAACAUGCAACUUAUAUCUCAAAUCAUACAACACGCAAUUUACAUCACACAUCGUACAACAUAAAUUCAAGAAAACACACAACUUUAAAAAUACAACAUGCAAUUUACAUCACACAUUGUACAACAUAAAUUAAAGAAAACACACAAUUUUAAAAAUACAACACGCAGCAUAAAACACAUCGUACAACAUACAUUGAAGAAAACACACAACUUUAAAAAUACUUGGCCCGGCAGGGUUACAUCUAUGCAUGUUUUUCGUAUUUUCUAUACAACUUUAAAAAUACAACAUGCAAUUUACAUCACACAUCGUACAACAUAAAUUGAGGAAAACACACAACUUUAAAAAUACAACACGCAGCAUAAAACACACAGCAAUCAACUACAGCAUACAACCAUAGAACGUAUUAUUUCACACACAGAAUAAACUAAAGGAUACAGCAUACACCACACGGCAUGCAACCACAAGUCAUCACCUGUACACUAUGUAGUUAAAAUGUAUUGGUAAUUUCAUUUCAAUGUUAAUUUUCAUGUGUCAUAAAAUAAAAUGAUUAUUAUA